AUGGACGAGAAGCAAUAUUGUGUCCAGCUGUCGGUGAAUCCAUCCCGGGGACUCAUGGACGAGAAGUUUGUCAUCCUGGUCCAGAAUGCCCCUCCUGGUUCUGAGCUGACCGUCCACGCCUUGCACCAGUGUGAUGACGGUCAUGGUUGGGAUGCGUUUGCUCACUACAUUACUGAUGCCACCGGCAGUGUGAACGUGUCUGAGGACUGCAGUCUGGGAGGAAGAUAUUCUGGAAUUGAACCGAUGGGUCUACUGUGGAGCCUCAGAGCAGUUCCAGGCAGCAAACCUGGACUCAGGAUUCAGAAGAAGAAUGUCCAGGAGCCCAUGUUGGUCACAGUGUCGGUGUACGAGGGUCACAGGAAAGAGGGCUUUGCAGAUCUUGUCCCUCUUGCCAGUGUCUUGGUGGAGCGCUGGUACAUGGCGCCUGGUGUCCGCAGGAUCCCGGUCGCAGAAGAUGGACUCACCACAACCCUCUUCCUGCCCCCAGGACCUGGACCUCUUCCUACUAUUCUUGACCUUUGGGGGAGUGUGGGGCAGCUGGUGGAGUAUCGUGCAGCGCUAAUGGCCUCACACGGUUUAGCUGCUUUGACCAUCGACUACCUGACAGCUGAUAUCGUCAAGGAAACAGGAAAGAUGGUGAACCUCCAGUACUUUGAGACUGCGUACAAAUUCCUGCAGGAGCAUCCUCAGAUCCUCGGGAGCAGGAUCGCCAUGUUGGGACUUUCUUUGGGUUCCAGUGUAACCGUCAGAAUGGCUACUUACUCCGAAGUGAUGAAGGUGGGACGACUGCAGUGUCCUCUGAUGCUGAUUGUUGGUGAGGACGAUCAGAUGUCGCCUACUCGAGAGGCUGCAAACGAUAUAAAGGAGAUGAUGGGGAACGGCCAUCUGCUGACCGUCCUGUCCUACCCUGACGCAGGUCACCUGAUCGAACCCCCGUACACGCCACACUUUCCAUAUGGCAAAUUCAGAUCAACCAUCACAAAAAAGAAGAUGAUGGUUCUGUGGGGCGGAGAGCCGGUGGCACAUUCCAGAGCUCAAGAGGACUCCUGGAAGAAGAUCCUGCUCUUUCUCUGGAAGAAUCUGCUCAGUGAAACGAGACCUGCUGCAGCGCCACCUUCCCACCUUUAA